GGGGGCGGCGGCCAGCAGCUGCGCUCGCCCGCCGUCAAGCGGCCCGCGUCGGCGCCGGUGGCCCUGCAGGGCUGGCUGCACAAGCAGGGCUCGGAGGGCCUGAUGCUGUGGCGGCGCCGCUGGUUCGUGCUCGCCGAGUACUGCCUCUUCUACUACAAGGGCCCCCAGGAGGACAAGCUGCUGGGUUCGAUCCUGCUGCCGUCGUACAAGGUGUCGCCGUGCUCGGCGGACGACAAGGUGUACCGGAAGUUCUCGUUCAAGGCGGAGCACGCCAACAUGCGGACGUACUACUUCGCGGCCGACUCGCGGGAGCUGAUGGUGCAGUGGAUGAACGCGCUCAGCCUCGCCUCCAUCCUGCAGGACACCUCCAGGCCCAGCGUCUCGUCGGCCUCGUCGCAGGUGAACGCCAGCGCCAGCGCCGACGACAGUGACAGCGGCUUCCACGGCUACCGCGUGGGGGCGGCGCCGGGGGCAGGUGUGCGCUCCAAGUCGCCCUCCGCCGCGGCCGCCGCCAGUGGGCAGAGACGCCUCGCCUCUGUGAGUGACCGGCUGCCGCGUGGCGGGUGUCGGCAGGCAGCGUACGAGUCGCGCGUGGCGCGGCCGCAGGAGCCGUACCGGCCGCCGCCGCCGCCCAUCGGCGCGCGCGCCAGCCACGUGGUGACGGAGCAGCAGCAGCAGCGGCGCACGCCCGAUGCCUACAGCCGCUCGCAGCCGCCGCCGCCGCAGCCCGCGCGGGCCCCCGCGACAGCGGCGCACCGCGACUACGAGGACGUGUACGACCCGCGAUACCGGCCCGCCGCGCACCCUGCCUACCUCAAGUUCGCUGACGGCGCGCAGCAGCAGCAGCAGCAGCAGCCGCCGGUAGCGGCCCCGGAGGGCUCAGAGGGUGCGGGCACGCUGCCGCAGGUGGCGUUGUACCUGCCGCACUCGCUGCCGCACGCCCACGCCCACGCGCACGCCCACGCGGGCGGCCGCCACCACCUGCCGCGGCCCAAGUCCAGCAUGGACGUGGCGCCCGCCGCCGCGCCCGCCCCCGACUACUGGUCGGAGGAGGCGUACGCCGACAAGAUGCGACGCCAGCUGGCGGCGCAGCAGCGCUUCCUGCGCUCGGCCAGCGCGCGCCUGCCCGCCCGCGGCUCGGGGGCCGCCACCCAGCAGGAGGCGCUGGCGGCGGGGGCGGCGCCGCCCCCGGAGCACCGCCACACGCUGCCCGCGGUCGCCAAGCCCGCCGCCGCCGCCUCCGUCGCGGCCCAGCAUCACCCGACGACGCCCCAUCGUUCCCAGCAGCGCGAGGAGUCGAUGAAGCGGCUGCUGGAGUGGAAGCAGCGCAUGCUGCAGUCGCCGCUGACGCGCAAGCCGGGCCCGGCCCCCGGCUCGCUGCCCACCUCCGCGUCGUCGUGCCGCGGCCUGGCCCGCGCCGGGGGCAGCGCCGCCGCCGCCGCCGCCGCGGGCGCCCGCCGCGCCUCGCACCUCGACGAGAGCGCCGCCGCGCGCAUGCGCAGCCGCUCGCACGACGGAAGGCGGCCCUCCGCGCCCGCCGCCGCCUCCCUGCCGCGCUACAACAGCUUCUCCUCCGACGACGAGGGUGAGUACCACCAGCUUUUGGCGGGCUGGCAAGCGGGCCCGCACUGCUGCCCACUUCCCGUCGAGCUGGCGGGCCCGACAUCACACGACGCGAGCGGCGCCGCGAGUAGGAGCGGAGACCGGCGCGGCAUCCCGCCGGACGCGUCCUACGACGACGAAGAGUACCGCGAUCGCGGUCGCGGGCACCGGUACUGCGGCGACGCGGCGGCCGAGCGCGCCCGCUCCCCGGACAGCUACCACAGCCACCAGCACCGGCACUACCAGAGCAGCAGCAGCGGCGAGGCGCGCGCCAGGAACAGCGAGACAGUCGCCGUCGAGGUCCACGCCACUCCCGGUGCACGCGGCCGGCAGAACUCUGCCGCUGCUCCGGAAGCGAAGCCGUCUCGCGACGAGCGGUAUUCGUGCGAGAAACACUCGGACAGUGGUUACGACACGAUGCACCGAGCCGGCAAAGUGGCGGAGCUGGAGGCGACGGAGUCCCUGCAAGGCGGCGCCGCCGGGCCGAGCGAGUACGGGCGACACCGCCUGGCCUACACCGUGCGCACCUCUCGCAGCCAGCUGUCAGAGGCCGAGGAGUCGGCAGAGGUGCCGGACAAGCUCUGGGACGACGGCAACGGCGGCCGGCGGCCGUCCGCCAGCGUGGGAAUCCCUAGGAGAAAGAACUCGUUGCAGAACCGACUCCACGCGUCGGAGUGGAUGCCGGGGAAGGAGGAGGACGCGGUGCAGAUGCGAGAACCUCUCGAGCCGUCGCCGCCAGUGUACCAGCCGACGGAAGCACACGUGUCCAGUCUGAGGAACGAAGAGAGCGGCAACAGCAGCGCCGAUAACGCCGUCGGAUUCGCUUCCUCGUCCGUUUCGUCCAGCCUGAGACGUCGCAUCGAAGAUCUGCGGGCGUUCGCACUGGGCGACACUGACGGUAGACGCGGGGCGAAUACCGAUUCCGAGAACGUGAGAGAGCUGCUAGACGGUUACGAGAAGAAUAAGGGCAAGAAAACGGAGACGGGGCGCCAGCGGCACGCGGAGGACGGCGGCGAACGACUGCGCGGCAACCGGCGACGCGUCUUCAGCGAUACGGAGACUCUGCUCUACGACACGGGCAGUGACCUAGACGUGGAGGUUCGCGCCACACUGAAGCCGUCGGCGCCGUCAGUCGAGCCGAAGCAGUGCGCGUCCUCCGAUCCGCCGCAGCCUGUCGCUACGGUGAGUGGCAGUGACGAGUCCGCGCCGGUACCGCCCGCUACUCCGGCCAGCGAGGACGAGGAGGUGGCGGCGGCGCUGGGGAAGCGCGACAAGUUCGUGAGCUCGUGUCGCGACCUGGGCAGUCGCAGGCCGGGCGCGGGCCGCACGCGGGGGCGCAAGUCGCUCUCCGUGUCGACGGCCGCGACCGACAGUGGCACGUCGGCUGCGGAGGCGGGCAGUGGCACCGAGGACCUCGAGGUCAUCGUCACCCCCGGCUACCUCAGGCUCAGCAUGGCCGAGUCGAUGGUGACGCACGAAGACUCCGACUCGCCCACCUGCACGCCAGUCGCGACGCCCGCCCUCGGCGGCAGUUCCACCGGCACCGUCGCCAAUGCCGACGGCGAUUCCAAUGCCAGCUUUCUGGCGCACAUCGAGGAGCACUACAUGCCGAUGACACCGUCGAGAAAGGCCGUGUUGGCACCACCGUCCAUUGCCGACUCCUUCUGCAUCGGCGGGUCUGCGGCACACAGUGCACUCGUGGAGAACAUACUGGCCGGUGACCUGGAAGAGAGCUCGUACGUCGAGAUGACGGAGAACGGUUUCGUGCGCUCCUUGCUCGCACCGACUACGGACAAUGUCUCUGCUGCUGCGUCUAAGCUGGAACUGAAGAGGCUCAACUCUGGCGACUCCACUGCUACUUAUGCCAUUCCUGACAGUCCACGCUACUGCGAAGUCGGUUCCGUUUUCAAGAAGGCGGCAGACGGCAUCGGUAGUGGUGUCGGUGUGACAACUUCUCAUUAUGAACUACUGUACAAUCCUUCUUCCCAUUACGAGCCAGUAUACAUGGAAGUCAGCCCAUUGACGCUGAAAUCUCGCGAAAAGGUCGUCAGCAAAGACGAUACCACCAAGACGAACCCGGACAAGCGCAGUGUGAUGUCACUGCCGGAGAAAAACCACCCUACUUUGCACAGAACUACACGCACCAGUCUCCCGGACAUACUGAGCUCUUCAACAGGGCCGCAGCCGGCUCGAGAGCAGGGCAAGGCCGACCGUGACAGUUCCGACGCCGACGACGAAGCGUCCAAGGAUCUGGAGUCGGUGGACACACCACGGCACCCGCGCUUCAGUCUGUCCGAUACGUUCCGGCCGGCCUCCUACUACCUGGGUGCCACGAGCAGUGGGCUCACCGUCGCCACCGCUGACAAUCACGACUCCUCUGACAGUGACCUAGUACCACCGCCACCUAUUCCGACCAGUCCACCACCACUCGACGACUUCGACAAUUCUCUGGAGACGCAGGACUCGUCGUCACUAGAAGCCAGGCUGCGAAAUGAUGCCAUUACUAAUGCCGAAGUGGAUUCCGAUGCUUCUAGGCUGUGGGAAUCGGCAGGUAGUGAACGCUCCAAGAGGCGACCUCUGUCAGGAGCACGGCUCAUCCCUGGGCUGGAUGUGGGGAGUGACCUGGACUCUAUAGGUAGCAGGAGUGGCCUGGCGCUCCACCUCGAUGACGGCGGUACCGUCGACUUCGAUCGCUACUUGGAGGACUUCCACAGUAGUGAACCAUUCCACUUGUCUGCCUACGCCAAAGACACGUACUACUCGCCUUUCUCGAAAGAUACCGGCUACAGCUACAACGAAAACUGCCAGUCACCACCCGAUAAGCUAUCUGAGAAGGCAGACCCCUCUACAAAACGGGUUAAGAAGAAUUUGUCGACUACUCUGGAGGCUUUGGCGAAACGAGAAACGACAGGUGGUAGCCACGACGACGUCCAUUACGAGAAUGUGCAGCCACUGAAGGGAGAUGAAUGUCCCAUAGGCACAGACGCGACAGGUGCGCCAUAUUAUUACUCCGACCUGCUGAGGACGGACGACGACGGGAGCUUCGCCAGUUCGGCGUCCGAGAAGAGCCUGUCCAGUCUACGCGGCCGGGUGCCGCCACUCAACAACCAGCGGGCGGACGCGUCCGACUCGGCGGCGGCGUUGCUCAAGAGGAACGACAUCGGCCGCAAAGUGAACCCGAUACACCAGCACCGGACGUUCCACUCGCCCCACCACGCCGUGCAGUGCCCGCCUCCACUGCCCUCGACUCUUCCACCCGCGAUGCCCACUAGCGAGGAACAGAAGCGCCGGCUGGCGGCCGAACUCGCGAAGGGUGCGAACGUGGACGCCAGAAAUCUGUUCGAAGCGGACACCUUGAGGCGGAGGCCUCCCAAACAGUCUCCGGUGCCAGCGGCGGGGAGCGUCGUCAACCUGUACCCGCACGGCCUGCGCGACAAGUCGCGCUCUCUGGAAGGACUGGUAGACGACGCCGGCAGCAGAUCGCCGACGGAGAGGCAGCCGGAACCGCACCGGCAGCAGGAGCAGCACCGCCGAGAGCAGCAGCCGGUCGACCACUGGGAGGAAGACGCCCUGUGGCGAGAGAGCUUGCGCCGCGUCAGCCUGAGGCACACCCGGUCCCUGGAGAACCUCGACGGCGGAGGUGCGCGCAGGCGGGCCCAGCUCUCUCGCGGAGCCACGUACGUGAACGACAGCGUGGCCGCGCGCCUCGAACCGCGCCGCCGCAGCCAGCACCAGCUGCGCUACGGCGACGUCGCCGCCGAGAACGGCGCGGAGAGCGCGGCCCCUCGCCUCCGCGGAGGGCCGGACGGCUACCUGUGGGAGGCGGAGGGCGCCGCGCGGCGCCUCCCACCCGGCUCGCCGGCGCCGGCCCCGUCUCCGCUGCCCGGCGCCCCCGCUGUCGCGGCCGUCGGCGCCGGAAACUCCCUCCAGAGCACGGCGUCGACUUUUUUAGACGACGCCCGCCUCCUGUCGCCUCCCCCGCCGCCUCCGCCCCCGCCAGCCACGACGCAGUCUUCCGCCUCCAGCACGCCGUUCGAGCUGGACCGCGAGAAGCUGCGCCAGUGGGACCUCAUGUCGAGCGCGCCGCUGCCGCCCGCGUCCGACGACCAGCAGCAAGCGGGGGCGGCGGCGGCGGCCCAGGGGCGACCGGAGGCGGCAUCUGGCGCUGCACCCCCGCCCCCGCCUCCACCCCCGACUACCGAUUCGCCGGCCCCGGACAGAGUCGGGUCUCCUUGCUCCCCAGGACAACGAGAGGAAAGGAAGACACUCCCAGAAGAGAAUGGAUUCCUUACCGCAGACAAUAGUCAGAGACAGCGAGACAAAAAGAAACCUUUGCUAGAGGAGAACGGCUUCACGCCUGCAGAUACGAGCUACAGACAGCGAGACAACAAGAAACCUGUGAUAGAAGAGAACGGCUUCACCCCUGCAGACACAAGCACAAGCUACACAUCCGGUUCGGGGUCCGUGAUGGGCCGUGAGGUGGGCCCGCCCCCGCCACCGCCGCCGCGCGCCGCCUCCGCCAUGUCUCUGCACCUGCAGCCGCCCCCGGACAAGCCCGACCGCCAGGCCAGCGUCGCCGCACCAGAAGAAGCUGGGCUGCAUGUGUCAGCUGGUGAACUGCUGGGAAGGACUCAUGAAGAACUUGUGUUGCUGCUCAUUCAACUGAGGCGUCAGAGUGCAGCUGUGUGCAAAGCUAUGGAAACAUGCCACAUGGAAAUCGAGGCUCAGGCAAGGUUUGUGGAGCUGGAAACACCUAAGAGGCUGGAGCAUUUAAAGAAGUUGGAGGAUUUAAAAAGGCAUCUGCUAGACCUUGAGAAACAGUAUGAAAAGGGAAAGCCUCUCGUGAAUCUCGUCGAUAAUAUGGUAAAGCUCGGGUCACUGUAUAGAGGACCCAGUGCUAGGGAGAGACUGGAAUUUAAUCAGAAAGUCCAAGAGAAACGCCUAUUAGCAGAGGAGCGACGUGACUGGGACCGACUCAGUCCUGACCGAACUCAACUUCAGGCUAAAGUGCAGCAGUUAUAUCGCUUGGACCGGUUGCUGCAAGAGGAAUCCAGCACAUUGCAGAGUCUUCAACAGGAUAAGGAACUGCUAGAGAGAGCCCUAGCUGGUCUUCGGCACAAGCUUCAGAACAACAGUCAUUUCUCACCAGUUGAAGUGGAACACUUCCGCAAGCAACAACGAGCACUGGAAAGAGAGCUGAGCCGUGUUCGCCUCUUACUUGCACACAAUUCCAAGAAACUUGAAGAAACAGUAGCAGAGAAUGCACGCCUGGAACAGGAGCUUGUAAUUUUACGCCAAAAACUGCAACAGCCAAUAACAGAACCAGGUGGUGGGACAGCUGCACUGGAGGCAGAGUUGAGAAGAGUGCAGAGGCUGGUGGGAGACCUCACAAGGCAACGCAAGCAGCUCAGCCUGCAAGUGCAGCAGCUGACCCAGCAAAGGCCUGGACCUGCAGGUGUCACUGGUAGUAGAGGAAGCAGCUCCACCCCCAGUAGAAAACGGCACCAUAGCACAUGGUUAGUGACAGACCUCGACACACUGGAGACACAAGACCUCGGCGUGGAAGCCGCUGUGAGCCCAGCAAGUAGCCAGGCAACAACAGCCACCUCACCAGCCUCGACACUGCGCUCACCAUUGUACACGUCCAGAGAAGCUGGUAGUGGAAUGGAAGUGGAAAAUGAGGUUCCCCCACCACUCCCUGCCCCUCCAGAGAUUCCACCUGAGUACCCACCUCCACCUCCGCCACCACCUCCACCAUCAGAAGAGGCUUUACUUGGUCCAGGAGAACAGUAUUGUCCACAUGUUGAUAUAAAUGAGGCUGAUGAUCGUAUGAAAAGAUUUUAUGGUAUCAUACCAAAAGAAAAACAACAGGAAAUAAAGACUGUAAGAAUUGUAAAACGUGAAUCAGAACGACGACAGAGGGACCGUGAUAGAAGUGGUAAUAUUGGUAUUCCUCUGACAAAUGGUGGAAUUACUACUGGUAAACGUGCUCCUGCAGCUGAUGGCUCUGAAACAGCCAACAGCAUAUCUGAGGCACAAGGAUUUCAGAAACAACAGCUGGGUCCAGUGGAGGAAGAAAUAGGUGAAACAUCUCAUCCAUUCAGCGAGACAUUGCUGUCGGCCUCAGUAGAUGAUGAUGAGGAAGACGAUGACCCAGCAAUAGAUCUCCAGUUUCAAAGAUCUUUGUCUCUGCCACGAGGUUUUGGCAAGAGAGAAAGACUGACAGGUGCACCCCCUCCACCACCUAUACGAUCUGCUUCUCCUAGAGGAGAUGGAAUGGGUUCUGGUGCUAAUGGUAGACAACAGCGUGUCAGGUUCAAGGAUGGCGAGUACACCAGUGUGAGCAGCAGCCCUAGUCCAAGCCCAAGCCCUUCGCAGCUGUCACCGGUGUUCAAGAGCCAAGCUGCACGUGCCAUCGUGCAGGAAGUGUCCCAGUCACCACGCAAGAGGGCUGUUCCCAAAGAGAAGAGGCGUCACCACACAGUCUCCAGCAGCAAGCCACUGCUUGAUAUGGAAGUGUCUGCAUCAAGAAUGGGAUCUGCACGGUCGCGAGAUGAUCUGGAUAUGGAACGAGCACUCCGCCCACGUAUUAAUGCACCUGAUGUUGUCAGGUCAACAAUGAGUCACAAGGACUUUAAAUACAAUGAAAACACCAUUGAUAGUAUACUUGGUACACCAAGCAAGAUUAUUAUCCCAGAACGCUACAUUCCUGAGCAGGCACCUGAACUUUCUGCAGAAGAGCAGUUGCAUCGCCUUAAGAAGGCAGAAGCAAUUCGAAAGAUGCUUUCCGAAACAAGUGCAAUUAGUGCUUCUGAGGGCAUUGAGGAGGAACAUCAAACAGCAACACUGAAGAAAAAGGUUGCUGCAGAGAAACGACAACGGGAACAUCUUCUGCAACUGAAUCAGCUCCUAGCGCGGCAAGUCAUGGAGAAGAGUAAAGUUGUGGCAGUAAAAGCUCUUGCUACCCUGCCAUUAAAAACUGAGUCAAGUUUUGAUGAAGAUGACUUGUCUCCAGUCCAGCCUCUUCCGCUAUUUCAACAGCGAGAGAAUUAUUUCUCUUAGUGGAUGAUUAACAUUCCAUACUUUCAACAGAUAUAGACUAUCUUUUUAUGUCUUCCUUAAACUGGCCCCACAAACAACUUGUCUGAUACAUAUUCAUCCUUUAGUGGUGGCCUUUUGUGUCGUGUUGUGAAAUAUACUGGGACAUUAUUCAUAAUUUAAUCACAAGGAAAUACAGUGGACAUUCCAUGAAUAUUUAACAAGUGCUUUUAAAGUGUGAAUAAUAGGUGCCACACUUAAAAAUGUAUAUGUGAGGCCAAAGAAACAUAAAGCAAGCAAGUGAGUUAGUGUUUUACUACUGUAUAAAUCUGGAGGAUAUUGAAUUUCUUCUCCUUACACAAAAGUACAGCUAUAUAUUUCCUUAAUGCAUUUGUUUUUGUUAUAUAGACCUGAUAUUUUCAUUUGUGUUGUGCAAUUUGCUGCAUAAAACAUUACUUUCUUUGAUUUCGUUGCCUAUUAACAAAUCCCAAAAUAAAGUGCCAAUGAUUUUCAUUAAUGAUAAGUAUAGGCAACAGCCAUGCAUCUGUAUGCCUCCAGCAGGUAGCCUAGUCGGCCAGUGACAGUUCCAGAAUUAUGUCUGUAUAUGGUUUAGAGUGUUAAACAGGGUUGAUUUAGAGUGUUAAACGGGGUUUUCAUGUAGGGAUAUAAAAACUGAGAGUUCUGAAAAUUUCAUGUACUAUAGAUCUGAGCACAUGAUGAAGUUCUCACAACAGGCUGUUAUGGUACAUUAGUUGUAUAUGAUAAAAAUGCACUUUUUAGAAAUACUUUUCAUUUAUAUUUGCUGUCAUAAAAUUUACUGACUAUGAUAGAAUUCUAAGUUAAUGACAAUUGCAAUUAUUACUUAGCAGUCGUAGCAAUAUUCAAUAAUGUUGUCUUUGCAGUUAAUGGCCAGUUUAUUCGGAAACUGUAAGAACCAGAAACUACUGAAGGUUAGACGUUAAAAAGACCUACAUUUAUUGAACUACCAGAGUGGCAGGUGCAAUUAACUGAUUUCUGCAGAUCAUAUAUUCUUGCUAUUCAAGAGUUGUUUAAGAGUGCAUCAUAGUAAUGACUUGUCAAAAACACUGAUUUUCAUUACCUAGGCCUCUCACAUUGGUCUGAACUGUUUCAUGUUAAAACUGUAACAAACCAACCAGUGUCUGACAGCAUCUUUCACACCAAAAACAAGUUAUGUACUUUCAAAGGUUCUUGCUAUUUUUGUUGUGACUUACAUCAAACUUUGGUUCCAAAUAUUAUUUCUUUUAAAGUAAAAUUCAAAGCCAAGAGCAUGUUUGCAAAAGUUUGUAUCAAGAAAGGAAAGUGUAGCAGACUUCAGUAUUUUGCUCCUCGGGUAAGGUUUCAGUCAGUUAGCUGAAUAUCUUCUCUCCUUAAAUUAAUUGUGCUACUUGAAACAAGAAGAGUAUUCUAUUUUUGUUAAAAAAAGCCUGCAACAAAUUUUUUUUCUUUGUUACCACGUACCAGAUUGACAUUCAUGUCAUUCUAGAGGAUUAAACUGCAAGUAUUGAAAUUUUUAGCAUUGUCUUGUUUGUGGUCUAAUGUUAAGCAUCCAAAUACAAGAUAUCCUAUAACAUUAUUUAGAAAUAGAAAUUUUUGUGGUACACUAUUUGCAACAGUUGUUAACCAUUUUCUAUGGUAACCUGACUUAUUCAGAGGUAAAAGAAUGUGAACAGAAAGUGUGGAAUAAAAGUUGAAACAAAUGCAGUAUUUGUGGGAACCUUUCAAAUUACAAAACUAAAUUUUGGAUGAAUUUGAAAUAGUAUCUGAGAGCUCUAUUUCAAUUGUUUGUUACAUAGUUUUAAAUUCAGACUUUCAUUUAUAUGGAAAAAUAAGCAUUAUCAACAAGAGUGAAAGUCUGAUGACAGUUUUGAAAUAUAUAAUGUGUAUUGUGUGCUUAUAAGUAAAGACAAUUCAGGACAUUUGAAUAUCUUGCCAAACUUUUUAGUAUAUGCGCCUGCCAGUCUCUGGUAAGUAAUGUUUAUACAUAAGGCUUUGUGAAACCUAUGAAUGGGGCAUUUAACAUGCAGGGUAUGCCUGGAUAGCAAUUAAAAUUGGCAGAAGAAAUUGAAAGAUUCAAUAUAAUUAUUACUUUUUCAUAUUCAUAAGUUAUAACCAUAAUGAAUAAUUUCUGUCACAUUCAUAAUUUUCCUACAUACAUUAUUGAUGGAAAAGUUGAUGAAGGUUUCCAAUUUGCAUUAAACUGAUAGCAUGAUUAUGAAAUAUAUAAAUGUAUAUUUUAGAACCAUUACAUAGGUCUAAAACAGCCUUAUUAUAGAAGAAGAUUGCUCAAUGAACAUAAUACUUCAACUGUGCUCAGAAAUUUGAUGAAAUUCAUAAAUGUCUUUGAUGAAAAUAUUGCAUAUGUACUGUUUGAGCCCAAAGAACAAAUGUUCUCCUACUUGUAGGAAGAACUGCUUCAAAAAACUCAACUCCAGUACAGUUUUGACUUUUUAAAUAUGCAUACUUGGUAAUUUUCUUAAGCCCUGAAACUGCUUCUCUCAUGUAGUUAACAAGUUAGUGUUUUCUUGGUUAAGAUUUCCUUUUAUUUACCUGUUUAUACUCUUCAAUCUGCUCAAAAUGUACAGCAUACUUAAUUAUUGUACAAUAACUUCCAUUAUAUAUUUAUACAUUUAUAUGCCCAAAGCUUUUAAGAAAUGUGUGAAAUAAAAAUGAGAGUAACUGGGUGGAAUGGCAUUAGAUAAUCCUGCAGCACAUACUACAGUAUUGAAAAAACAGUGCAAAUCGUGCGAGCUCACAAAGACCACAGUAACAUGGUCAGAUUCCUUUCGGCCUAUGGUACCGAAGAUACUUUUUGUAACUAACUACUAUGUUUGUUUAAGUGUUGUAUAAAUUAAUGUACUGUGCAUAUUACUGUAUUUAAAUUUUAUAUUAACUUGUUCAUAUAUAAAUAGAAGUAAAAUAAAUUUGUUAAUAAUUCCAUAACCAUAUAUGAAAUGAGGAAUACAUAGAUUUUCUCUUACUGUUUUUAAAUUUCCUCUGUAUGUGUGCAUGUAUAUGUAAAUAUAGAUAUACAUAUAUAUUUUUUAUAGACUAGACUUUCUGUUUGUGAAAUGAUUUAUGAGCAGUUAAAGCUGACUAAUCACUGAUACUCUUGUUCUCCAGAAUUUUAUGCAUGAGAGACAUUAAAAUUGUUAAUAAACAAGUCUCAGAUAGCCACUGCUGACAGUUACUGUAAUUUCCAUGUGUUAUUGAUAGAAAAAUGAAAUGGAGAGAAUAUUUUUUCAUUAAAACACAAAAAUUUUCCACAA